ACGAAAAGAUGGAGGCUGAAAACAACUCGCAGUGCCAAGACGAAAACGCGGCUCUUGUGGAGAAGGACUCGGGCGAGGAGGCGCCAGAGCGGCGUGACGCCGUCGUCAAAGCAAACGAGCCAAAGUUAACACUUUAUCACUGGACACAGUCGUUCAAUUCACAGAAGGUGCGUCUGGCCAUUGCAGAGAAAGGUUUACAUUGUGAAGAGUAUGACGUGAGCUUACCACUCAGCGAGCACAAUGAGCCGUGGUUCAUGCGUCUCAAUCCGACUGGCGAGGUGCCCGUCCUGGUUCACGGAGACAGCGUCAUCUGUGACCCCACACAAAUCAUGGACCACCUCGAGCACAACUUCACCGAAGAGGGCACUCCGAGGCUGAUACCAGAAGAGGGAAGCACAUACUACCACCGAGUGCAGCACUACAGAGAGCUGCUGGACUCACUGCAAAUGGACGCCUACACGCAUGGCUGCAUCCUCCACCCUGAGAUCACCGUAGACUCGCACAUACCUGCUUAUGCUGCCACAAGCAUACGAACGCAAAUCCUAAACACAGAGUCAGAACUGAAGAAACUAGCAGAGGAGAACCCGGAGCUCAAAGAGGCUUAUAUCGCAAAACAGAGGCGCUUGAAGUCCAAGUUGUUUGACCACGACAACAUGAAGUACCUGAAGAAGCUUCUGGAUGAACUGGAGAACGUGAUGGAUCAGGUUGAGACGGAGCUGCAGAGGAGGGAGGAAGAAACACCGGAAGAAAACAGCCAGCAAUCGUGGCUGUGCGGCCAGUUCUUCAGCAUGGCCGACGUCUCGCUGGCCGUCACCCUGCACCGCCUCAAGUUCCUGGGCUUGUCCCGCCGCUACUGGGGCAACGGCAGCCGCGCCAACCUGGAGGCCUACUACGAGCGUGUGCUGGAGCGCCCCGCCUUCAGGAGAGUCCUGGGCCACGUCAACAACAUCCUGAUCUCGGCUGUGCUUCCGGUUGCCUUUCGCGUGGCCCGCAAGAAUGCGCCGGUUAUUGCCGGCACCACGCUGUUGAUCGGUCUUUUGGGCGGAGCCACCUACCUGGCCUUUCUUUACAUGAGGAGGAGGUUGAGUCUGUCCAGUUGGGGAAUGUGGAGCUGAAUUUAAGAGAUGGCACAAAUCCCGCAUUUGUCAAAUUCAACUCAAAUUGUAUUCAUCUAAUAAAUAAUACGUAUAAUGAACCGGUAGCACGCAAAAUGAAUUCAACCCUUCGACCCGUAUUCGACCCAUUUGCAAAGUUAAACUCCACACAAUAAGGCCAGAUGUGCUGUUUCUAAAUAAAGUCUGCUUGCAAAGGCGGUUGAAUAUUUUGAGUGCAACAUUAUAUACGGUACUAUGCACAAAACUUUGGCCGCCGUUAGCUUUGUUGCUGUCAUUUAGUACUUUCUACUUCAUAAAAAGUAAGUAGUAUUAUGAAAAAGGGGCAAUCCAGAUGAAAAUUCAGGUCAUCGUAGCAUUGGACACCCAACAAAGCCGCAGGUGGUUGUUGCAUAUUGCUGUAACUAAAAACAAUCCAUCAUUUGCAAAGAUGUCUUUAUGUUGAGGACAUGUAGUCAUAUGCUCAAAUCAGCAUUUAAAAGACACCCCAAAAAACCAAAACAAUACCACAAGCUAAAGUGUGAUUGGUCAUAGGACAAGCAUGUACCAAACGCUUCUUGCAUUAAUCGCCAAGGAAAUGCAUUUCUUGGUCAAUUUCAAGCUGAGCAUUUUUGAGCAGCCAUCAAAAAGGCACCUGUGUGAAAUAAACUUUCUUCUAAACACUC